UGUUGUCAGCAUUUGUAAAUAAUAAUAAAAAUGAUUGGGAUGAUCACAUAUACUUACUCAUGUCAGCGUAUCUUUCUGCAGAACACGAAUCACUGGGUGUUUCUCCAUGUGAAAUGGUUUUCGGCCGCAACAUCCGUCUUCCAGUAGAUCUCAUUCUUGGAUCAGUGGAACCUACAAAUUUAAAAAUAAAGUCAGACUAUGCCUUUGACUUACAAAAUAAAAUAGAACGCAUACAUAGUUUUGCUAGAGGGCGUUUAAAACAAGCCACAGCAAACAUGAAAGUUGAUCACGAUAGAUCUAUUCAAUUGAAUCCUUACAAGGUCGGCAGUCCUGUAUGGUAUUAUAACCACAAAUACAAAGGUGGAGGUUCAAAAUUAAGGUGUCCAUGGAAGGGGUCCCUACCUAGUGACAAAAUGUCUUAAUGAUGUAGUCUAUAAGAUACAAAAAUCCCGAAAGACCCAACCUAAAGUGGUCCACCAUAAUCAUCUGAAACCUUAUACUGGAAAUAACAUACCCAAUUGGUUACAGAUGUUAUCAAAUAUCAAAUCUCUGUAUACAUUUAUUUACAGAACAUUCGUUAUGGGUGCAAACUGUGUGUUAAUGCAGAAUUCGCAAAAUACCAAUAUGCAGAAAGACACGUAACCUCUUGCCAUAGCAACUAUAGUUACCAAUGCUCCCACUGCUUAGGACUGGCAGCUAGAUCUGAUAUAAGACACCCAAGAUGCCCUGGAACAGCCAGAAUGAACGUUAUAAACAAGACAACCAUGACCUUUAAUCAAAAUGAUGAGGAAGAAUUUAAAACCUUCUGCGGAAGGAGAAGGGCCUUGAUUGUCACCCAAAGAUCCCUGCCUACAGACAAACAACUACAAGCCCCUUGCCGAAAACGUACGUUGCCAGAAAAGCCGUAUAAUGGGUCAAAGCAUCCAAAAAUAGCCAUUGACCAGCCAGCCCCACCCGCUCAUUCAAACAAGUAUUAUACCAAUCGAAAAACAAAAUUACCAGUCCCAGCAGUACCAAAGGUUACAUUUGAGAAGAUACCCGCUACAUUGGAGAAGACAUCAGUUUCAUCAGAGAAGACACCAGUUUCAUCAGAGAAGACACCAGUUUCAUCGGAGAAGACCCCAGUUUCAUCAGAGAAGACCCCAGUUUCAUCAGAGAAGACACCAGUUUCAUCAGAGAAGACACCAGUUUCCAUUAUUCAAAACCUUCAUCUCUCAUCCGUAUCGUCAUCAUCAUCAUCAUCAUCAUCAUCGUCAUCUGUAUCAAAAUCAAAUAAUAAUAAUAAUAAUAAUAGUAUAAGUAACGUAGCCAUCCCUGUGACUGUUUCCUUACACCCACACAGUAGCGAGGUAGCUGAACUCCACCCUCCUACUUAUAUCCCAACUGAUAGAGUAACAUUGAAACUUAAAUCAUUUCAAGCUGCCCAGGACCACCGCAUUGUAUUAAAUGUUGGUGGUACCUGUUUUUAUACCAGUGAACUUAUUAUAAGUAAAGACCCAUAUUGCAUUCUAGUGAAAAUGAUAACCCCUGAUUCACCUUUCCAACCUUACCGGCAAGAUGACAACUACAGAUACUAUUUUUUAGACCGUAGCCCUGAAUAUUUCCCCAUUGUCUUAGAAUAUCUUAGGAAUUUAAAUUCACCCAUAUCUUUUAUACACUUGUUGCCCGUCCAAAGUCUGAAACUCGCUGCUAUUAUGCAGGAAGCAAAAUUUUAGGAAUAAGAUGCCCUGUUAGA